AUGACUACGAUUGAAACCGUGUGCACAAAUCCUGGAAAUAUUCAACCUAUAUCGACUAGCAAUGAAUCGGAACCCAACCGGUUUUCUUCUUUGACAGAUCGGUCUAUUUCGAUAAAGGACUUUGCUUACUCGUCUGACAAUCCAAUGCACUACGGAGUUUACGAGGAGUUUGAUGAGGACGAUAGCAAAGACAAUCCUAUUGAUGAACUUGAAGAUAAAAACAUAGUCUUCACGUUCAAAAAGGACAACGAGUCUGGUAAACUGAAACCUACCAAUGAAUACAUCAGACCUAAAGAUACCAAGGAAUCUUCGAUUACCGCUUCAGCAACGGGGUCCGAGGAAGAGAACCUUACUCAUGCUGUGGCGUUAUAUCCAUUCGAACCAGAAAAUGAGAACGAGCUUCGAUUGACCACAGAUCAAAUCAUUAUCAUUAGUUACGAAUACGGAGAUGGAUGGCUGGUUGCGUAUGAUCCAUUUACUGGUGAGACGGGGUUGGUUCCAUCUGGAUAUGUUCAGAUUGUGGGGAGGGAUGUGGAGUUUGCAGAAGAAGUUUUGGAUGAAGAAGAGAUUGCCCAGGCAACGAGGUAUCUACCGGGAGUGUUGAAUGUGGAGCAGCAGGAUCAAGAAGAUGAAGACCAAUCAAAGUCAGUGCUAAAGAAAGAACCUAAAGCGCCAGAUACUCAUCAAAAGGAUGAUUCAGAUAUCUCUGUAUCACUGUCUCAUCUGAAGCUCUAG